AACAGAUUUUUAAAAAAUUUUCUGAUUUUGUGGAUGUUUUUGCGAUCCACAAAUUCCAGAUUGGGAAGUUGUCCUAUUUUAUACUGUCCUGAUCCUAUACCAUCGGUGUCAUUUCGGACUUGCAUUCCUUGAAUCCCUGGUUCCUUUGCAGUUCGCUGCUUUCUUUCGGAUGCGAAUCGUAUUACAAGUUCGCUCUUUGUACGCUUUACUGACAUUUUGCGGUCUUUUCGCUCUUUUGCCAACAUUAGCAAUCUCUCUGAAAUUCUUGAUCUCUUUAUACUUUAAUUUGGGAUCUGGUUUUCCACUGUGGUCGACUUCAUUGUUUCUGCAUUCUAGCAUUGGACUGAUGCUAUGUAUCGAAUGGCAUUCUAAUUGUCUGAGCCUACUUCAGCGUUUAAAGCAUAUAAUAUUAUUUUGAUCUCCAGCUUCCGGUGCCCAGAAUACUUACCAGUUUUGCAAACAUGCGUGUGGCAUUUUUGUUUGCGUUUUGCGCAGUUCUGUCUUUGAUGGUGUUUUUUUCCGUAACAAAUGGAGCAAUGAGUCUGGGGGACCGUAUCACUAAGCUGAACGAGCUUAGCAAUCAAAGGCCGAUAAUUCGCAUGAAUACGGACAAGUAUCGCGAAUUCGUCAAGACGACACCCCGGAAUUACUCGAUUAUUCUUAUGCUGACGGCACUGAAUCCAUCGAGAGGAUGUGGAGUUUGCCAAGUGGCACAUGAGGAGUACGAUGUUGUGGCCAGUUCCUAUCGGUUGGCCGGCGGUGGUUCAGAUAAACUCUUCUUUACCAUGGUGGAUUUCGAUGAAGGCCAUGACGUUUUUACAAGCUUGAAAGCCAAUAGUGCACCCAUUUUUAUGCAUAUUCCUCCUCAAGGAAAGCCCAAAGAUGCCGAUACGAUGAAUAUUCAAGUAGUUGGAUAUAAUGCAGAAACUAUUGCGAAAUGGGUUGCCGAAAGGACAGGCAUCACUAUUCGCAUUGUGAGGAAGCCGAAUUAUGGCGGGGUUGUCGCCUUCAGCCUGUUGAUGCUUUUGGUGGGCGGCUUUUUGUACAUUCGGAGAAACAGCUUGGAGUUUUUGAAUAAUCGGAGCAUGUAUGCAUGGAUUGUUGUGGCACUCAUUCUGUUCAUGACGUCUGGCCAAAUGUGGAAUCACAUUAGAGGUCCUCCAUUCAUGCAACGGCACCCACAGUCGAAGCAGUGGAUGUUUAUUCACGGAAGCAGCCAAGGGCAGUACGUUGCAGAAACCUAUAUCGUGAUGAGCUUGAAUCUGGCUGUAGCCAUUGGAUUUAUUUUGCUCAACGAAGCCGCUAAAUCUACUAACGAACAACAUCGCGGCCGCAAUAAGGUGAUGGCCAUUGCCGGAAUCGUUCUAGUCGGCAUAUUCUUUAGCGCCCUUAAAUCAAUUUUUCGGGCUAAAUACCAAGGUUAUCCUUACAGUUUCCUUUUCAAAUAGUGGAUGGGUGGAAAGGAUUAUUCCGUUUUCAACAUUUUUCUUUUAUCACCUGGAAAAUCAGACAAAUGUUUAACAGAAUUGAUUGAUUCCUUGCGUUGCAGAUCUGUAACGCUGGGCGAUAUUGUGUGGCUUUCUUUUCUCAUGGCACUAAAACCAUUACGGCGAUCUGGCAAUGACGAUAAAUGUUUUGCAGUGGAAUAUACUUGGUGUUUCCUUCUUUGGUCGUAAUUCAACAAAUGCUCAUCAUAAAU